UGGACAUUCACAUCCUAGCUAUUCAUCCAUCCUUGAAAUUAAAUACACUUAUUUCGAUCAUACGGAGUAUAUCUUAGAUAUCUAAUCAAUAUAAUAAAUGGGGAUCAUGAAACUAGCGGGGAUGGCCGAGGCAAAGAAGAAGCUUGGAAGAACAUUAACCCCUAGGGGCAGGAAUAAAAACGAGAGAAGCGACGAAGCGGUUGUUCCGAAGGGGCACUUCGCCGUGUACGUCGGAGAAGCACGGCGGCGGUUCGUGGUUCCGAUCGAAUACUUGACGCAUGCGCUGUUCCAGGAUCUGUUGAGUUGGGCGGAGCAAGAGUUUGGGUAUGAGCAUCCCACCGGCGGGCUGACAAUUCCAUGUAGUGAGGAUUACUUCUUAAGCCUCACUUCCCUUCUUAGCUCCCAGCAAUCACAAUAGAAGAAGUAAUAUAUGGGCUACUCAAUUACGAGUGAUAGUUUAAUUAGAACGACAUGUUUAUAGUAGGAAUUGAAUUCAUAUUUUACUUUUGAGUCUUCACCAUAAUAUUCGUACUUUGGUACGAUUAAAUGAAGUCCAAAUAAUUGUACCAAUAACAUUCAAUUAGCUAG